GAAAUGAAUUGACACUUUUUAGAUUAAAAUAGUACAGGCGCAAGCAUUCAUUCUUUCUUCAUGAAAGAUUCAUUUCACUUUCCUCCGUCCAUCAAAAACACUAAAACUAGAAUUUGUUGUUGUUGUCAAAUCCAGCACAGCUUUCAUCCUACAUGAUUUCGAUUUGAAAGGGUAGAUCCCAUUCAAACCUCUUUCUUUCGGCAUCUUCUUCUGAUCUUCCUGGCUGUAGAUCUACUCUUUCUCAUCAUGUCGCAAUCACAAGCAAGCCAGCAAUCGCAACGUUUACGUUCAUUUCGUGCUUUAUUAGAUCCAACAGAUCUAUUGCCAGGUCAUAAUAUCGCAGAUGUAUACAGCCUUCGUCAUUUAUGUUUGCAAGCAGGUGGUAUUCCAGACAGAUCCUCUUCUUCAACCGAUGGAUGGCUCAGAGCACAGGCAUGGAGAGUUCUGUUAGGCUAUCUUUCACCAGACAAAGCUCAAUGGACAAAAACUCUGAAUAAAAGAAGAGCGGAAUAUUAUCAAUUCGUUUCCGACUUUUUGCCAAGUGAUGACCAACUUGACCCUAGCAAUGAAGCGUCUUCUUCCUCCGAAAACCGCUCGUCUUUGCCGGGAAAAUUGUCAGAACGAGAUGCACUUCUAGAUCAAAUAUUUCGAGAUUUAGCAAGAUCCCGAAAGAACGCUUUUGCUUUUUAUCGUCAAGAAGUACAACCUAGCACAGACUGUCCGCUAGCUCCUUUGCCAGAAUCCGAUCAACCAAACCUCAAGGCAGUUCCACGACUUGCGCAACGACAUGGCUUAUUACAUAGACUAGAGCAAAUCAACGCUGAUUAUGCAUAUCUGAUCGAACAGGAAAGGGCUAUGGCUGGACAAUCAAAGGGCGAGAAGAUCGAAGUAACAUCCCCUGAAUGUAGACGGCAAGAUUCACUUAUGGCACCAUCUCCAACGACCCCCAUUCGAGAAGACAGGCCUUCUAUCACCUUACAACCUGCCAGUCCAGCUCAAAUGGAAACGCCUUUGUCCGGCCUUCCUAUUGAGACACCACUUAGAGAAGCAAACAUUGAAUCUGGAAAAAGUGCUCGAACGUACACUGAUCGGCACUGGCAUUCUCUCUUGCGCAUCUUGUACAUUUAUGCCUUGCUCAACCCUAGCAUAGGCUACGUACAAGGGAUGAAUGAGGUGCUGUUCAUUGUGCUGUACAUAUUUGGAACGAGCUCUGCUAUGCCCACGCCUAUAUCCGAGGAUGACGAGAACGCAACUUCUUCAUCUGAUGGAGAUAGCGGGGAUCAUGCAGAGGCUGAUGCUUUCUGGUGUUUCUCGGCUCUGGUUGGAGAAGUGCGGGAUUUGUACGACUUCGAUGGAAUCGAUCACGCCAGUGCAAAUCUACGAGUAUCGAAUGACCGACAACAAUCGAAUUUAGCAAAUACACAAAAAGGGUCAAGCGGAAUGGGUUCGCUUCUUAAGCGAUUUAGUCUUAGACUUCGUUGGUUGGACAGUGAAUUGUGGAGGACACUUCAGGAUCACUCUCUCGACCCAAGGUUACCAUACUAUUCAUUCCGAUGGCUGGCGUGUCUGCUUUGCACGGAAUUAUCUUUACCCUCACUUGCUCGUGUGUGGGACGCCCUUCUGGCCGAAUCAAACGAAUCGAAAGGAGCAGAAUCGGAUAAUACGUCACCGAAGAUCGAUUUCUUGAUAGAUAUUUCAUGUGCUCUUUUGAUCAACAUUCGCGGUCAGCUCUUAGAUGCACUCAGCGAUUCAGAUUCGGAAGAAGAGGAUGUCUUUACCCAAGCAAUGAGCAUCCUGCAAACGUAUCCGGAUGACGACAUUGGGCCAAUUUUGGAAAUGGCAAUCUUGUUCCGACAAAGACGUAUGGCCGCUCCCCUGACCGGCGAUGCACCUCCCACGCAAGACGAGGAUCUCAAUUCCAAUUUGCGUGAUAAAGCAUUGAAUGCAUUCCGAGAAUGGCGAUCGCCCUCAGCCUCAUCUCAAAAGAAUGCCGUCACACCCAGAAGAGUGUCUGAUCGUUUAGCUCAAGCGAUGAACACACCAUCUUCAGCUUCUCCCGCAACACGUUUCCAGAAAUACGCGGAAGCUAUACAAACAAGUGAUGCGGCAGCUAGUAUUAGUAAAGCCAGCACAAAUUGGCAAGCGAAAGCUAUGGCUACCUGGUCAGGAUCUAAAAAUGUACAAUCUACUCCUACAAGGGAGGGCAAGAUGCAAAGUGAUGGAACCAACACCUCGUUGUCAGAAAUGGGAUCGAAUUGGUUUCAAAGGCUGCGCGUCGGUAGCGAUGCAAACUCUUCUCCGAAUGCAUUGAAGCCAGACGAAGAGACCAUGCAUCCUUCUUUGCGGUGGUCUACCGUGCCGCCGAAUUUGCCCAUCCCAAACGUUUUGGAUAGCCCGCCAGAGCGACAAGAAUUCAAUUUUACAGGCCGAGUGCCGAGCGGCUUUGUUUCUGUGAAUAGGCUUGCAGCAGCAAACAAUCUUGUUGGUCGCGAGAAUGGUAGCGAAGGGCAUGGUCAUACUCCCACAGCUGGUAAUGGCUCAUCACCUGGCUCGCUUUCUUCCUUUGAUGGUGCCCAUGAUGCUUCUUCAUCAGUUAACGGAAGUCCAGCUGCUGGCAAUUUCAAUAGAUUCGCUCAUCUUCCUUCUCUUCAGCAUGCUGCCGCUGUUGCAGGAGUACGUGGCAGUCCAAAAUCCAGUAGUCAAAAUCAAAAUCACAGUCAAAGUUCGUCAAAUGGGCAUCAUGGAUUGCAGCCUUUGAUGUUACAAAAUGCUGCCAGACCGGCUCGUGAUCAUAGCGCAAAUGGAUCGGUUAAUGGAGAUGAACCUUCCAGUCGAAAAGUGGCAAGCGGUCCUAUGGCAGCUAAUGUGAGCCCACGUGGAAGCGCAUUUGCUUCACGUAGAAGAGGUGAAAAUCAAAGUUACGGAGGCCAUGGUUCACACAGGGACAGCACUUUUACAUCUACGAGCUUCUCAAGCAGUAUGUUUAGAAAUGGUGAAAACGGAGGCAGCCUUGCCGGCAGUCAGACUGGCGAUUCACCUCUUCCAGAUUCUUUCGGAUCAGAGUCUUGGUCUACUUUUGGUCGUGGAACACAUGCCCAAGAAACAGUGCCUCCUUUGCCUGUCAAAGACUACAAACGUCCGGCGGUGGAAGGAUUACCAGCGCUAUCAGGCAGUGCACCUGCUUUCAGCAUGCCAUCAGGUCGUGGCACUGUUGCAGCUUCUGCUUUCGGUCGUCGAGGUAGCAGCGAAAAGCGAGGAGGUGCUUCUACUGAUGAAGGUCCCGCAUUUGGUCAGGUAUCAAGCAGUGCAGAUGUACCUCUUGCUUCAAAGACAACAUUGCAGCGCAAGAAUGUACGUCAAGGAAGUACAUCAACAUCCACAGAUGCAUCUUCUAUCGUCAGAGGAUCUACCGAGAUCGAUGACACUCCUUUGGUGACAGAAGCUUCAAGCAUUGUUCGCAAUAGCACCGAGUCGAGUACUCGUCCUCGUGGUUCUAAACAAUCGAAGACACGUGAUUCAACAAGCUCUUACGAGAAUACAAGAUCUGCUCCUGUUCCCUCAGGAGGUAAUGAAGAAAUAAUGUCUCCUGGGUCGUCCAGUGCUGCGAAAACAUCGUCGUCCUACGAAGUGCAAGCCGAAGAGGCAGGGGCUAUGGCAUCCGUCAAAGGGGUACGUAAAUAUAGUUUAACCGAUGAUGGACCAGCUUCAAACACUUCCUCCAUCUCAGGUGUAGCUCGAAAAGAAUCAAACUCGAGCGCACGUAGAGUUUCUGGCGGUAUUACGAGAAGCAGAAGAGCAUUUUCUGGUAAACGAGAAGCGAGCAAAAGAGGUAGAGGAACAUCCAAUCAAGAAUCACAACAAAACAUGCACGCCAUCUCUGAUUCGAUCACAAAAGAGGCAGAACGAAGUGGCGGUGAAGAAGAAGGAGAGCAACAGCAACAAGAGCCCAAGCUCACAGUCAAUUCACCACCUCCUUCAAAUGAGCCACUUUCGACCCGUCGUUCAGGUCACAGUGCCGGAAAGCUGAGCGUAAGCACUGGUCUUUCGAUCGUCGAAAAAGAUACUUCUGCUACACCUUCGCCUGGACCAGAAGCUGGCAAGAUGUUCGAAGCAGAUGAAUUGUUGAAAAUGUUAGAACAAAAUUCGGGAGGAACUCCUGUGCGAUCACAACAACCUGAAUUGCUAGCUAUACACAAUUUCGAUGAAAAUCAAUUCGUCAGCGCUGAGGAUUUACAUGAAUCUUCCACGAAUGCUGGUGAUUCAGGCGUUGCUAAUGCUUCGAAACAUGACACAAACUUACUCGGACCAAAGUCACAUGGACGGAUCAGUAUCCCAAGCGAUGUAGAUGACUAUGAUCGCGAUAUAAACGGAGGAGAGAGUGGGAACGAAGUGGAUGAGUUUUAUGAUGCAGGUAUCGAGGCAGCACGAACGCCAGAAGAAGCUGAAAAACGCUCUGCUUAUCUUGAAGAUGGCAUUGAGGCAAUCGGUAAUGCUUUGGCAAAUACAGAUUUAGAUCGUGAAGCUGCUUACGGCAAAAAUCACAAAUUUUUGUAAUUAAUCUCUGUUUUAAUUUCGCAUAGUUAUGCAUUAAUGUACUUGACAUCAUCAUCGCGAUCAAUCGUAUAU